CCCACCUCACCUUCCGUUUUGGCUCACUGGCUCUUCUUCUCAUCUUCCUCUCUCCUCUCUGCUCGCAUAUUUAUCACUUCUUCUCUCUCUCUCUCUCUCUCUCUCUACCUCUUCGCUCGCGUGCUCUCUUGUCAGUGAACAUCCCAGAAAGCCACUGCUUCGUGUAGAGUAUAUAUCCUAGAGCCCCCUUUUCCCGAAUGAGCAGCACUGAACUCUCCAUGCAAAGCCCUAUCGACACCAAAAGAACAGGCGUUUCCACUUUCUUAGCUCAAUGGCCGGUUUACUCCUUAGGCUGGUCCGUUCGCCGUGACAAGGGCUUGCGCCUUGCCGUCGGAAGCUUCCUCGAAGACCAUAGCAACAAGGUCGAGUUUGUCCAACUCGACCCCGACGCGUCCAAUUUCGCUUCCGACCCCCGCCUAACCUUCGACCACCCUUAUGCGCCGACAAACAUCAUGUUCUUCCCCUCUGAGGACCCCUCAUACCCGGACCUAAUCGCCACCUCCGGAGACUACCUGAGGGUGUGGGAGAUCAGUGAAGACCGGACUGAGCUCAAAGCCCUCCUGAACGGCAACAAGAGCAGCGAGUUCAGCUCGGCCAUCACCUCAUUCGAUUGGGCCAGCUUCGAAGCCCGCCGCAUUGCCACUUGCAGCAACGACACCACGUGCACGAUCUGGGACGUAGAGAGGGAGGUGGUCGACGCGCAGCUGGUUGCUCACGACAAGGAGGUGUACGACGUCUCAUGGGGCGGGUUCAACGUCUUCGCCUCAGUCUCCGGGGAUGGCUCUGUCAGGGUUUUCGACUUGAGAGAUAAGGAGCGGUCGACCAUCAUAUACGAGAACCCCACCCCGGAGAGCCCGCUGUUGAGACUGGAGUGGAACAAGGCUGACCCGAAGUCGAUGGCCACGGUCGGGAUCGAUAGCAAUAAGGUGGUGCUGUUGGACAUUAGGUUUCCGACCACGCCUCUCAUGGAGCUUAAUAGGCACAAGGCCAGCGUGAAUGCGAUAUCAUGGGCGCCCCGUAUAGGGCGGCAGUUGUGCUCCGUCGGCGAUGACUCAAGGGUGUUAAUAUGGGAUGUUGGCACCGCCGGAUUGCGGCCAGAAAAUGCCGGGGAGGUGGAGCCGGAGAUGUGGUUCGGGUCAGUGGCCGAGAUCAACAACGUGCGCUGGUCUCCGGUUGAGUUGGACUGGAUCGCCAUUACUUUCCUGAAUAAGCUGCAGCUUCUCAGAGUUUGAAGCUGAUAAUUUGUACGUCGAGAGAAGUUUUUUCUUUUCAAGUAGUUGUAACUACUACAUGUCUAAGUCAAACAUGAGUGUAAACUUAACCUGCACGCUAGCGGAGGCUUACCACUGACAAUACGGGCAUUGGAAUUUUAUGGUAUUAUUAA